CGUCAUUAGGCUUCAGUUAUCAAUGUUUGGCACUGUUGAGAUGUAAAAUCUGCUUCAGUGAUGGCAUUACUGGAGGUCUAAGCUGUAAGUUGUAUACUGUAGCUAGGAGGAAUCGGUAAUGCUUAGGAUCCAUGACCAGUCAACACAUUGAGGAUCACCCAAAGGAUGAAGGGACCGAUACGGAAGAUGCUACCCUUCCUCCUACCUACCUAGUACUACAAGUCACCUCAAAAAUCCACGAACAGACGCUACGAUGGCUCAUAGACAAGUUGAAGGGUAGAAAAAGAGAUGGUGGUGGUGAACUGAUUGUUAUGAAACAACCGGUAAAUACAGCUGAUAAUUUUAUUCUUCACAUCUCAGCCUCCAAGUUAAAGCUGCUAGAGGUAGCAGAAGAGGUGGAACUAGUGAAAUCAGAUAGGUUUGGAAAACGUAGGGAAUUUACUGUAUCUCAGCUAGAAGAUUUUGUGUUUGAUGGAAUGCAAGUUGAUGAUCUACUGACUGACUCAGAAAAGCAGACUAUUGUUAGGCACGAAUUGGAGAACAUCAGAGCUUUGUCAGAAGACAGUAGCUUGCCAGGGUACCCGACACACAAGUUCUAUGAAGGACAGUCCAUAUUUCAAGCAUGUCAGCAUUGGGGAAUAGUUACCAAGGUUUAUCCGUUACACGAUCAUGAAACCUUGAAGAAAUUGGGAAGAAAAUGGUAUAUGUCUUUAUUUGCUCAGCAACCACUAGGUGAGUGCCGUUUGAAAUUGAUAAUAUUAAAAUUAUAUUAUGUUAAAAAAGCUUAUGGAAAAGGGGAUUCGAUAUUGAAAAAUAUACAGGAUAUUUCUCAUUUAUUUUGCGUUUUUGACGACCUGUAUGGGGCAUUUAAAAAAUCCGGAAAUUAUAAAUUAGGAUAA